ACACUAAAGCUUAGUUUAUAAUAGCUGUAAGCUGUAAUUCGCAAGUGACUAGUAGUUGUAAGAAUUGACGAAUCAUAGUCGAAUGUUCCUCUUAUGUUCGACUGUGACUGGUUAAUUCUUAUAAUUACAACCACUUACAAUUAUGCUUACGGCUGUUGUAAAGUAGACUUAAUAUCUUAUCAAUAUAUAGUGAUUACGCAAGACCGACAAGACGUGUAUAUAGAGAUAGGAAUUGUGGGCUCGAUGUCACGCAAAGAUCGACUCGUUGUGAACGAACGUCCUUCAAUUCAUGAGGAAUUUCGGGUCAACGGGACACAGAGCUGGAUAACUGGUUGCACCGGGAAACCGGAAAUGGGGUCGAGAAUGACGUCAUCUGGCUUCAACUCCGUUUAUUCAACCCCCAGGAAUAAACUAGGUUACUAGGACAAGCUACCCCCCUAUGCUGAUCUUUUGACAAAAAGAAAUACUUCACUCCAAAAAAUAAUUUGGCUUUGAAUUACGUAAUACA